GCGCCCACUUAAAAGAUGGCCGGCUUGGCCUCCUGGAAACAGAAGCGCCUGCGAUUUGUAAAACGCGAUUUGGCCGCUCCAGCUCACCGUAGCCCAAUCGGUGCCGCCACAGCUUCUUCCCCAUCCUCUUCCAAGAUGGUGGUACCUAGGUUACUCGGCAACCGGAGGGUUUGGGAAGGCUCGACGGCCUCCUUCUUCCUCCUGCAGCUCCUUCUUUCGGCGGUCGGGGCGAAGGAAGAGACCAUCACGGCCGACUUCGAUGUCAGACCCGGCGGGAUGGUUCACUCGGAUUCGAAAAGCCUGGGAGAUUAUACCUGCACUUUUACCUACGCUGCUCAGGGUGGGACCAACGAGCAAUGGCAAAUGAGUAUCGGUGUCAGCGAAGACAACUUGCUCUUUUCGUGUUCGAUCUGGAGGCCCCAAGGGAAAUCCUACCUUUUCUUCACCCAGUUUAAAGCUGAAGUGAAAGGAGCAAAGAUCCAGUACGCCAUGGCCUAUGUGAGUCCCAUCGGAAGCUUUGCUGGGUCUAAGGCUGGUGUCGGAGAACAGAAGGACAUCCCAUUAAAAGAGGAAGAAUUCUUUACCACGGAAAGGACAGUGGCUCACCGGGAGGGCAAGUUCCACUCAGAACUCUCCAAGGUGCUGAUUGUAGCCGAAAAGUCCCACGACGAGCUGUGAGCAGCGACCAUCUUGGCUUUUGCAGAAGAAAGGCAGUGGAACCUCAGGUUGCUCUUGGUGGGAACUCUUCUUUCUUGGAUCCUGAACUCCAUCUAAGCAGGCCUUUAGAAGAAUAAUUUGGGGGGAGAAACAGAAGCCACACACAUGGCCCCUUGACACCUGAACUCAAGAGGUCCUUCAACUGCAUUCUUCCAUGGCAUUGGUGGUGAACAUGAAACAUGUUAUAAGGAGGCCUGGGAAAUGAAUCGGGGACCCUGUUUCUGCAUUUCAGAUCUGGUGCUGCAAGAACAGAUUUCCAAGGAUCUGGUGGCAUCUGCUGGGACAAGGAUUUAGCUGAAAGAUUUGCAGAAAGUUGAUUCCUUUGCAGCUGUUGGUGUGUGCGCGUGUAUAAUCUCCUCCAGAAAGUUUCUUCCCCCCAACCCCUUCCCCAUAUAUUGGCGGAAUGGUCACAAAAUAUCACCCUGAGGAAAAGGAGCAAUACUAUGAAUAAAAGCAAAUUUAUAUCUUCAGAA